ACCCGCCAUGUCUCUGCUGGCUACUGUACUGCUGCUCUGGGGUUUCACUCUGGGCCCAGCAACGGAUGCAGCCGCCUGUACAUUCAGGGAUGCCAUAAAAAACAAUUCCUUGCCCAGGCCCUGGCUUUUGGCUUAUCCUGUGCUCUGGAUCACACCUGGCCUGAGGACGGUCCUGUUUUGCCAGGGGAGAGUGAAGGGGGCAGCCUUCCUGCUGAGGCGGGAAGGAGAUGAUGGUUUUCUGGAGGUAGCCGAAACAGAUGAACACAGUGAACGAGCCACGUUUCGAGUUUACCAGCCGGGCAACUACAGCUGCAGCUAUCAAAUUCACGGAGAAUGUACCUCCUCUAAGCCCAGUAGGAUUGUGACCAUCAAGAAGUUUGCCAAGCCACCGCCACCCUUGCUGAUUUCUUCAGAAAGUUCCACAGUGGAGCCACCACAUAUGGCCCAUAUGACCCUUCUCUGUUCGGCUCUUCUGAACGACGUUGAAUUUCAGCUAAGGCAGGGAAAGCGUGAGAUGAAGGUCCUUACGGUCAGCGCCAGCCCAGAGCAAGUCAGCUUCUAUCUGAAAUUGUCGGACAUGGGUGACCAGAGCCCUUUCACCUGCCGCUACCGUCUGAGCAACAUGACAGCUUGGUCCGAAGACAGUGAGCCCUUGGAGCUCAUGUGGAGCGAUGAAACACUACCAGCACCAGUGUUGACUGCAGAGCCACCGGCGAAUCAGAGCUUUGAGCCAGGUUCGACGGUGCAGCUUCGAUCCUGA